AUGGUCAACGAAUCGCCUGAGCGAUGCGACAGCAUCAAUAAUAAAAGCUUAACGCCAGCAAAUAACUCGAACGUCCCUAUUGCACAACCUAAAGAUGCGCCCGCUCAGGAUUCGGAACAACAUCGAGACACCAAAGAAGCUUCAGGGCCCAGCGUCGACCCCAGUGAUUCGUGCCAAUCCCAGCAGCAUCCGACUGCUCUCGACCGCCUCGGGCUUCUCGUGACGUGGACACCCAAGAACUGCCGUUAUGAUUCCAAUGAACCGCCUAAAUUCAGUUUGUCCUUGAACCUUCUGUUCGCUCUGGUAAGGUUCAACUCGCUACCCAAGCGCCACGUCAUGAAUCAGCUGUUAACUUUAGAUGAUGAGGCCGGCACGAUCACCGUGGCGAACUUGUACUAUGUACAACCGAUCUUGUACAAGAUUGCCGUUACAUUCGAUGUCAGUUUCGAGAAGGCUUCGUCAAUAGCGACUCUUCAACAGGCUCUAGUCAUGUUCACAGCCAUAAUGUGGCUUGGCUUGUGCCUCACGCCACGAUUCGAAUCGUUUGCAGCCAUCUCGUUCAUCUGCGGUAUCACCACCGUCACGCCGCAGCUGAUGUUGCCACUGGUUGGAGAUCUAGCACCCGCCGACCGGAAGGCGAGCUGCCUAUCAAUUGUUGUCUCUGGUCUGUCUCUUGGCAUAUUGGUUGCCCGCCUAUUGUCGGGAAUCAUCGCCAACUUCACCGAUUGGCGCAACGUAUACUGGUUCUCUUUUGGUGCUCAGUGGUGCAUCUUUAUCCUCCUCUUUUUUUACAUGCCAGACUAUCCAUCCAAGAACCCGGGUGGUCUGAACUGGUUUGAGUUGAUGUGGAGCAUCCUGUAUAUGUUCUUCACCGAGCCGUUACUGGUUCAAGUCUGCAUCAUCAGCUUUGUCAUGAGCUCCAUCUUCACCUCCUUCUGGACCACUCUGUCAUUUCUGCUCUCAUCGCCGCCUUUCAACUACAGCUCUUUGGUCAUUGGUCUGUUUGCUCUCAUCGGAAUUGCCAUAAUCUUCUGGGGUCCGGUGUAUAGUCGCCUCGUCAUCGAUAAGAUCCAACCACUAUACUCUUGUCUCAUCGGGAUCGGUAUUGAGCUUACUGGUGUCGCCAUUGGAACGUUUACUGGGACUUUCACUGUCGCUGGCCCAAUCAUUGAAGCAAUUGCUAUUGAUCUGGGCAACCAGGCCUCCUACCGUCUCUAG